UUUACUUCUACCAAAUAUGAUAAUCCAGUUAAUAGUGAUAACAAUGAUGAGCAUUAUAAUUUAACUAAUAGUGAUCAUAAUACUGUUCCUGAUAUGCAUAACAAUUUGAUUAAUGAUACGCAUAACAAUCUGAUUAUUGAAGAAUCUUCAAUCUUACCAAACAAUCCAAAUAAUAUAUCAAAUUUACCAAAUCUAAAAAAAAUAAAGUUAGUGCCUAUUACCAAGCAUUCAGAACGAACUAUAAAAAGCCUUGUUGCAGUUCUUGAACCAUUUGCAGAGGCAACUGAUCUUUUAGGAGAUAGUAAAUAUACAACAAUAAGUUUUAUUUAUAGCGCAAUUAAUGCAAUUACUAAUAAUCUUAUACUUACUGAUGAUCUUGAGCUAUGGGAAGUAAAUUAUAAAGAUGAUAAAAACAUUUUUGAUGAUACUAAUUUAAACGAAAAUCAAACUGAUAAUACUGAGUUUAUAAAUCUUCAAAACUAA